GCAGCAUCCUGUCAGCGGCGGGGUCACUCAGCUCACAGACGCCGCUGAAUAGAUGGAACAUGGCGGAGAAAGGCAGCGAGCAGCCGCGGUCCACCCGGUGUUGUCUACCAGCGCCGCAGCAGAACUAACUGUGUCGGCAUAGACUGAACAAUAUAGGUGUCCGGUCCGGUUCCUCGGUUACAAGUCUGCUUUGCCACUUCAAACUUGUGAAAAAUGAGCCGCGGGUGAAGAAUUCAAGAUGAGCCGACACGCAACAGACGGACCGGAGUGUGCCCCCUCCCCGCCGCUGCCUGCCGAUCAUGUGCUCAACUCUGCGGCCGUGUUGUUCCCUGGUGCUUUCGAUCAACAUGGCUGCCCUUUGAUCGUGUUCCCAGCUGAUCAACAAGCAAAACUGCCCCUGGAACUCAGCAAAGCAGAAGUGGUGGACUUCAUAAAUUACUUCCUGGGUCUGCACAAUAAGAAGAAGGAGAGGUUGGUGUCCGUGGUGGCUGAUCUGAGGGGGGCCUCGCUCCCUACAGCCAGGUUCAUCGCUGAGACGCUGCUUCUGCUUGAGCUGCACAAGCAGACCGUCCACAGUGUGUACAUAGUUCAGCCCAAAAAGAAGGAGGUUGUCAAGCUGUUGCUGAAACUCCUGGCCCCGUCAAGGUCUCACACUGCCUCUUUCAAGAGAGUCCUUCUAAAAGAAAUCUCGGAGCUCUCCAACCACAUUGACCGAAGCCAGCUAACGGCAGAUUUGGGCGGCUACCUUAUUUACUGUCACCAGAGUUGGGUGGCAUUCAUCAAGGAGAUCGACGACUUUGUUCAGGCGUUCCUGUCUGUGGUCAAGCGGCUGCCCUCGUGUAUCUCCACCCUGACGUCUCUGUCCCGGCUGCCGCUGCCCUCCACCUUCAGCGAGCUCAAACACUUCUGCUCCACCAACGAGGCCACGUUCCAGACGCUCAGGAGGGAGCUGGGGCUGGAUGACCUGCUCUGGCACUGUGAGAGUGUGGUGGAGAAGCUGCGUUACCCUGAGAUGGAGCCGUGCUACCAGGCGAUGGCUGGCACCACCCUCUUCAACCACACCGCCUUGGACAUGCACCAGAACCACAGCAGGAUAACUGCAGCAGUGGAGAAAGUGGAGCUGCUGUGGCAGCAGGCCUUUUCUAAGGCCCGCCUCCAGCUGCAGGUGUUCCAGCUGCGAGAGGACGCACUGCAGAUCACAGAGCAGAUCAAAACUCUUCUUGAAGAGAAACUCCAGCCUUACAAAAUGGAGAUUGCCAAGGAUGCUGCAAAGGCCGUGAUGUUGGUGUCUGAAUUUAAGGCCUCCAUUCACACUCAUGCCAUGGCUCUCAUUCGCUGUGCUGAAGAUGUGAUCCACACGGUAUCAGAGAUCCGGUUGCUUGAUGGUCAGACCAGGGAGCGCUGGGUCUUGGAUCUGGAGAGGCUGAAGGAGAAACUCCACUCUGCUGUGCACUUCAUUCUCCAAACCCUCAGGGCAGUUUCCAGCUACCAUCAUUACUACAGCAAGGCCAGCAGCUGGUACGGGCUGGUCCUCUGUGAGAACUUCCUCCAGGAACUUUUGUCAGGUGUUAGCGGAGACAACGUUUCCAAACAGAGCAGGAACUGGGGGAAAAUCCCUGCGUGGAGGUAUAAAAUGUCCGCUUUUCUGAAGAAGAAUCCCCCUCCAGAUAUGGAGGAGCUGGUUCAUCUGGCUCAUCUGUCUCAGGCCAUCCUAGAUGGCGAUGUCCAGGAGGCGGGCAAGCAAAUGUCUCAGCGGUGCAUGACUUUGAGGAAACUUCUAAUUUCUUCGGGACCCGUGGCUGUCGGUCCCCUCCAGCUGGCCUUACAGUGGCAGUAUGAGUUGUUGCGGAGCAGCCACGCCAAUUCCUCUGCUGACAGCGCUGCAAACGGAACAGUUCAGGAUGUUCAAGACCUCACUAAAUGUGAAGGUGCUAAGGAAGCAGCCCAUCUUCUCGGAAAGUCUCCAUCCACUGCGGUUACAUGGAUGGUGUCAUCUGAAGGCAAACCCCCCUCCCUCAGCUCAUUUGACUCAGGCUUCGAUGGAGCUGGGGGCAGCCAGCUGGAGACCUGCGGCGGGAGGGAAGGACUAGAAGGUCCUCUGUUCAGAUUGGCUGGGACCAGGGACUCUGUAAGGCCUGCCACGACCCAGCAUCUAAUGGACAAUAUUUCAGAUUGUGAAGAUCACAGAGAGGAGUUUGGCUCUGUGGGAAACUCCUCCAUGGCCUGCAUCCAGCUCAUCCCUAAAGUAACCGUGGAUUCUCUAAACUUAGAGAUCAAAGUGAAGCGUUCAGCUGCGCGACCCAAUAAUCCUUGGCUAAGCUUGCCGGUAGACGAUCUGGAAAACUCGUACACAGUUACCAUCACGCAGAACCAAACGCCGCAAAAAAAAGACUCUCAAUCCCACGAUGCCUCUGGCCCCAACCAGUCCAACAGGUCUCCAGAUCCGCCAACACAGACUGACGUGUUGAGCAGUACCCAGCCCAGAGGGCCACAGAGCAGGAGACGGACACUGCAUAAACAAAGCACUCUGGAGGAUCCUCAACUAAGUCCCAUUUGCAACAUCCUCUCCAGCACUAUUACUGACAAAAGGGACAAGUCCAUCUGCACCACAGAGGGGAGUCCCACUCUUCUCUGGGAUUCUUAUGACCUCCAUGACCAGAAUCCGGAUGCUGUCGAUGGUGUGUUUGAUAUUUCCCUGAAUGACUGGGAUGUGAAAGAGCAGGAGGAUUUGAGGGAAGUGGAAAAGAUCCUGGACAGGGCUGAUAAAAUACUAGAGAAAGAAGAAACUGUUCUGGCUCAGGAGGCUGUGCUGGAUGCCCUGCUGAGGUCUGAGGACCGGCAGAAUCAGUGGCCGCUGUGGGACAGUGAGGACCAUCUCGGUGUGAUGUCCUCUAGUAAGCUGGCUGAAGCUGGCGUUCUUGGCCUCGAGGAUUACCUUGACCCUGCAGAAUCUGACAACCUCAGUGGACCCAGAUCAACUGGAUCUGCGAGUAAAACUAAGGCCUCUGAAGAUGAAGGGCACUGCGCUGAAGCUGCCACAGGAGCAGAAACUGAGUUUCACAGCUGGCCGGACCUGCUGACGGAGCUAAGAAAAGUCCAUGUCCUGGAUGAACUGAUCAUGGAGGAGAACCUGAAGAUCCACCAGCUCCGACGCUGCGAAGAAAACCCCAAAGAGGAACUCUGUGUGAGCAAACCUGUGGAUAUAGAGGGACCGUUGAGUAGGAGCAAAGAGAGGGAGGUGUUUCGGUUCCAACUAGAACAGGAGAAAAGGGAAGUGGAGAAGCUUGAGAAGAGUUUGAACGCUGAGUGUAAAAUGAAGAAGCACAAGGACUCAGCUAGAAAGGUUGUAAAAGGUUCAAUUAUGGAGAAGGCUAGAAGUGAGAAUAAGGACCCAGCCCUCUGUGAUGAGCUUUUAUCAACAUCUUUGGUCCUGAACCAUGCUCAGGCUCAGGAUACCUGUAAAACUGAAAAUGUAAAAAUAUUGGGUCCUGAUACCAAAGAGGCUAUGCCGCAAGACCUGGUACAACUUCCAGAUUCCCAAUGUCAAGAUGAUUGCUCUGGAGCUGAGCCAUCAGCGUUUAACAGCGCUACCUUUAAUAUUACCUCUGAUUUAAGGGAACCUCCUGAAGACUUGGGGAUCCAACCUGAGGGAUGUAUCCAGGGGAAAAAAUUGGACGGAUCUGGUGAAAAUGCUUCAACCUCUGAAAUGAGGCCAGAAGAUGGAGUCUUUGACCCAGGCGGAACAUCGCACCUCCCUCCUGCGCCCAAGCCGAGAAGGGCUUUGCUCCCUGUGAAUGGCGACCUCUCUGAACACAAGCUCCCUCAUUCCACAGAGCUGCAGGAUCCCACUCGGCCCUCAGUUGCACAAGAUCCGGGUUUAGUGCAACAUGAUCUUCAAGAUGAACAACAUGACGUGCUGCCAGAGACUGUGAAUGCAACCAUCAGUCACACCUUGGUUGUCAGUCCAAAUGUGAAGGAACACAGCAGCAACAACAAUAACAACCAUGCACUUACUGAGAAAUACAAGGUGUCACCAGACCACUUGUCUGAAAUAAGCACUAAAGAUGACGAUGCUACACCUGUGGUAGCUGCUUGUUUGGAACAGCCACAUUUACACCCGUCAAAGGAAGGCCAGACUGUAUCUCCUGCAGAUGAGUGCCCACAUCAGUCGACCGCACCCCAGCCGUGUCCUGGCCAGCCUCUGGAGUUUGACCCCGGGGGCAGAGAUGAGCAGAAUGAAGACUCGCCUGUUCAGAGCUCUGAGGCCAUGAGGAUAUCUGGCUCUGGGUCACCUGGGAUUCAGGCCCAGCUUAACAUCAACAUGAGAGAGAUGACAGAUUUCAAGACCCCCAUAGUACUGGAUACGGGCUCUGGUUUGAUGAAAGCAGGAUUUGCAGAUCAAGACCUCCCAAACAUUAUAUUCCCAACAAUUAUUGGGAUGCCAAAAUAUGAGGAAAUAAUGAAUGGGAACCUAGAAAGGGAGACCUACAUCGGACAUGACGCUCAACACAUGAGGGGGGUCCUGGCUCUGAAGCAUCCCAUAAAGAACGGGAUCAUUCGGAACUGGGACGAAAUGGAAAAGAUUUGGCAUCACACGUUCCAGCAGCUGUGCGUGGACCCAGACGAGCACCCAGUUCUGCUGACCGAGGCAGCCAUGAACCCCUUGGAGAACCGGCAGCGCAUGGUGGAGAUCAUGUUCGAGUGUUUCAACGUUCCCUUCACCUACGUGGCCAUGCAGGCAGUGCUGGCCCUGUAUGCAGCAGGGAGAUCCACUGGUGUGGUGUUUGACUCUGGAGACGGAGUGAGCCACAGUGUACCUGUGUUUGAGGGCUACAGUCUACCUCAUGCAGUGCAGCGCUUCCCUCUGGCUGGUGUGGAUGUUACAAUGCAUCUUAAAAAGCUUCUGCAGGAACAGGGGGUGUGCAUGCGCACCACAGCCGAGAUGGAGAUCGUGAGGGAGAUGAAGGAGAAGUGCUGCUGCGUGGCUGUCGACCAUGACGCCGAGCUGAGUCACGGGGGGGCGUCCUGCAGAGAGAUGCAUUACACCAUGCCCGACGGGCAGAUCGUCACGCUCGGCACGGAGAGGUUCAGGGCCCCUGAGAUUCUGUUUAAACCCGAGCUGAUUGGACGGGACCAUUACGGGAUGCACGAGAGCGUCUUCAAGUCAAUCCUCAGCUCUGACAUUGACCUGCGACGCUGCUUCCUGCGAAAUAUCGUACUGUCAGGGGGGAACACUCUGCUGCCUGGCCUGCCUGAGCGCCUCCAGGCUGAAAUCAAAGGCCUGCUUCCCACCGCCAUGGGCGAGAGCGUUCGCGUCACCAGCCCGAAGGACAGAGACUUCUCGGUGUGGAGGGGAGGGGCGGUGCUAGCCCAGCUACCCACCUUCAGCUCGGCUUGGAUCAGUCUGGAGGAGUACGAAGAGCACGGGCCGCAGAUCGUCUUCAGGAAGUGCUUCUGAGACGGACCACUGUAAGGCAUGCACACCGGACUCGUGUGUGUGUAAUGCACGAUGUCACUUAAUUUCCACAAGUGCAAUAUACAUACAGCUCUAAUACAGUGCCAUGGGCUGGGAUGAGCCAUUAUACAUGCUUUUCAAUGUGUCUUAUGUCUUGGCUUUUCUGUGGAGUCAGUUUCACCCUCGUUGUCAGUGUGGAGCCUUAAUUGCGAGCUCUUAAUAAACACCAGUGGGUUUCUACUGACCUGCUGCCUGCUUUAUGCCUCAUCUGAGAUCCACCGACAUGGCAUGGAUGAAACUGGGUGUUUGUCAAAAUCCCUGUCAGUCAAUGUUAUUGUCCCUCAAGAACCUAAGUUUUCUAUUUUUGGGGAAUGUAUUUCUGCAUCAAGAUUUUAAGCACGUGUAUAUUAAUGUCUGUGGUCAAGGGACGAGAAUUGAAGCUGGCCUUUGAUCGAUGUCUGCUAACGCUGUUUCCAGGUUAAGCAGUUGAGGGACAUAAAAAGAACUCAAUGUGCUGACUCCAGAUAUAUAAAUAUAUUAAUCUAAUAUCAAAUUAUGGUGUGCGACAGUUUUAAGUAUAUUUGUGGAACAAAUGAUCUCUGUGUUACAAAUGGUGAAAGUUAUUUUGAAAUGUGGAUCAGUUCAACUGUGCAGUGUUCACAACUACUUUUCUUUUUUUAAAUUGAUUUGAUUAUUAGGGCAAGGAAUGAAAUAGUUGGUGUCAUAACAUUACAACUUUUUCCUCUAAGUCUUUACAUGUCAUGUUUAAACUAUUUUUCCUUGUCUUUUUUUGUCAUAACAUUACAAUUUCUUAAAAUUUUACUUGACUUUUGGCCAAGAAUUCUAUUACUUUUUUUUUUUUUUUUUUUUGUCAUAACACUUUAUUUACUAUGAUGGCAACAUUUCAACUCUAUUCUUCAAAUUAAGCACUAAUUUGCAGCAAUUGACCUUAAAGGAACACUCAUUGUAUAGGAUAGGACUAAAACUCCAUUCUAACUGGAGUAUUUGCCAGAAGAAAAUUGUUAUGAAUGUUUAUUGCUGCAGUAAUGUGAACUGGAGAGGAGAAAAUGUGAAUUUUUGUGGGACAAGUUUGCAUUCUAGAAAGUCCCGUGUCGGGAGUUGGUUUUUUUUUCCCCACAUGUUGAUCCUCCACUUAAGUCAACCUUUGGUCAGUGAAGCUGUGAAUGCAGCUGGGAAUGGAGUCCAUGGAGAGUAGUGUUACAGGAUUGGUCUGGUGAUGCCUGUCACUUAGUUUCAGUCUGUUGAAUAAACGGAGGCUGUUAAAUGCUACUGCUGCAGGUAUAGUGUUUGUGUAGUUUCUAUUUGAGUGCAGUGCCUGCCCUAUCCUCAUUUCUUUUCUCUAAUUGUUGCUGUGGAUUUUUAACCCUUGCACAGUAGUGUUGAUCUUUGUGAAAGGGGUUCCAAUGGUGCCAAAACUGCUGCAUUUAUCUCAAAAACAUGGAUUCUGUAUUAAAAAAAACAAC